ACCGGUGCUGUCAUACUUGUCAGUUCGUGCUCGUUUUCAACCGUGUCUCUGGGCGUGUACUAGGUUUCUUUUGUAAAUAAUACGGAUUUCGACUAGCCGGUACCGAGAACGGACCUCCCAACCACCUUCAUCUCCGUGUAAUCUAUGUAAAACAGUGUCUUCUUGACAGAUAGAGCAAUAAUAGUGCGGCCAUAUUACGGGAGAUCGGCGUUUCCAAAACACGUUCUCGGCCCGAUCUGCAGGCAACCAAACUAACCGAUUGGCGAUAGUUUGUUUGCAUAAUUCGGUAGAAACGCCUCGCCCUUCGCUGAUUUUUUGUGAUUUGUAUUUUUCGAUUUUGAAUCGUGUUUCUUCGGCCGAUGAUUGUAUUUGCGCGUGUGGUUUGUUUAUGGUACAUUAUCCGGAGAUUUUAAUUAUGAUAUUCUACUGACCCUGAUCCGGUCCUUCGCGUGGAAAUUUGUGGUUCUUGAGGUGUCAGAAUGGCAGAGGAUGAGGUUCUGUUCGACGAUGUUUACGAACUCUGCGAAGAAAUCGGAAGGGGACCUUUUAGUAUAGUGAGAAGGUGCCUACAUCGUCAGACAGGACAGGAAUUCGCUGUCAAAGUGGUGGAUGUGGCAAAAUUCACCUCUAGCCCUGGCUUAAGUACUGACGAUUUGAAGAGGGAGGCCACAAUAUGUCACAUGCUGAAGCAUCCCCAUAUCGUGGAGCUGCUGGAGACCUACUCCUCGGAGGGGAUGUUGUACAUGGUUUUCGAAUUUAUGAGCGGAUCAGAUUUGUGCUACGAAAUUGUGAGGAGGGCCUCAGCAGGAUUUGUGUACAGUGAGGCAGUUGCAAGCCAUUAUAUGCGACAAAUAUUGGAAGCCCUGCGGUAUUGUCACGAGAAUGACAUAAUCCACAGGGACAUCAAGCCGGAAUGCGUCCUGUUGGCAACUAUGGAAAACUCCGCUCCAGUUAAGUUGGGCGGUUUUGGCGUUGCCAUCCAACUGACGGACAGGAUGUCUGCCCCCACGAGUGGUAGGGUCGGCUGUCUGCAUUUCUUGGCACCGGAAGUCAUCGAGAGGCGCCAGUAUGGCAAGACUGUGGACAUCUGGGCGGCCGGCGUACUCCUCCACGUCCUUCUAACCGGGACUCUGCCCUUCCACGGGAGCGGCCGACGCCUGAUGGAGAAGAUUUGUCGCGGCAAGCUGCACUUUGACACGCCGCAUUGGGAGUUCGUCAGUGAUAGUGCGAGGGAUUUGGUACAGCAGAUGCUGAUAGUUGAUCCGAAGCGGAGGAUAUCUAUACAAGAAGUACUGAAUCACAGAUGGAUAAGGGAACGAGAAAAAGGACUUCGGAUCCACCUCGGCGACGCCAUCGAGGAAUUGAAAAAGUACAACGCGAGGCGAAAACUGAAGGCUGCUAUACUUUCGGCUGUGAAUUCUAGCAAAUGGUACCCCUACGACGACGCGAACGAAGACACCCUGUCGGAUUUUGGGGAUGACGAAAUUUCUUCGUGUGCGGUGGCCACAAUUUUGGACGCCUUAGACGACAUCCAGUGCCUUCAGGAGUCACAUUUUCAUGAGCGCGCUCAUAUUUUAGAACUAUUGGAAGACAACCAUCUGCACGCAAUAUUAGAGUUAUUCGAUCGGAUAUCGACUCGCGUAGUGACACCUACCCGCGUGCCGCCUAGCGACGCCGUGCAGAGGGCACGCGACGCCGCCGACGCCCUCAGAGAACUAGAGCACAGAAGGGACGCCGAUAACAGGGAUCUGCAGGAGCUAAGGGAUCUGCUUUGCCGGCCGUUUUUCAAGGCCCUCUUACAGGCGCACGAUGUCGUGGCCCACGAGAUAUACGGAGAAGACGCCAUGCGAGUCACUCCGCCACCGAUGCUCCCCUACCUCAACGGUGGAGAGGAGUUGGACGGGUCCAAUGGGGAGGUGGAGAUGGAGAACGUGACCAGGGUUCGCCUUGUACAGUUCCAGAAAAACACCGACGAACCUAUGGGUAUCACGCUCAAAAUGAACGAAGACGGCAAAUGCAUAGUGGCCAGGAUAAUGCACGGUGGAAUGAUACACCGCCAGGCCACGCUACAUGUUGGCGACGAGAUCAGGGAGAUAAACGGCAUACCUGUGCAGAACCAGUCGGUCAACUCGUUGCAGAAAAUUCUUAGGGAAGCACGUGGUUCUGUAACCUUCAAAAUUGUACCAUCGUACAGAAGUGCGCCUCCACCAUGCGAGUUAUUCCGGAUAAAGCCACUACCAGUGCUAUCUCCUCCCUUACAGAUUUUCGUACGAGCUCAAUUCGACUACGAUCCCUUGGAAGAUGACCUCAUACCUUGUGCGCAGGCAGGCAUAGCUUUCAAAACCGGUGAUAUUCUUCAAAUCAUUAGUAAGGAUGAUCAUCAUUGGUGGCAAGCAAGAAAGGACAAUUCGGCGGGAUCUGCUGGACUUAUCCCAUCGCCUGAAUUGCAAGAAUGGAGGGCCGCGUGCGCAGCCAUGGAAAAAACUAAACAAGAACAAGUCAAUUGCUCAAUAUUUGGUCGUAAGAAGAAACAAUACAAGGACAAAUAUUUAGCAAAACACAAUGCUGUUUUCGACCAAUUAGAUUUAGUAACGUAUGAAGAGGUUGUUAAGUUGCCUAUGACUGACCCUGCCUUUCAAAGAAAAACUUUAGUUUUAUUAGGUGCCCAUGGCGUUGGGAGAAGACAUAUAAAGAAUACCAUGAUAGCUAGGCAUCCGGAUCAAUAUGCUUAUCCAAUACCACAUACGACUAGGCAACCUAGAGCCGACGAAGAAAAUGGCCGAAAUUAUUUCUUUGUCUCACAUGACGAGAUGAUGGCUGACAUUGCAGCAAACGAGUAUCUGGAGUAUGGUACGCACGAGGAGGCGAUGUACGGCACCAAACUGGACACCAUCAGGAAGAUACACCAGGAGGGCAAGAUGGCGAUCUUGGACGUCGAACCGCUGGCGCUGAAGGCUCUGCGAACGGCCGAGUUUGCGCCCUACGUUGUGUUCAUUGCCGCUCCCGUUAUACAAAAUGUGAACGAUUACGACGGGAGCUUAGAGAGGCUGGCCAAAGAGUCGGAUUUGCUACGACAGGCGUACGGACACUACUUCGACCUGACCAUAGUCAACAACGACAUCGACGAUACCAUAGCGGCGCUAGAGAAUGCAAUCGAGAAGGUGCAGACAACACCUCAGUGGAUACCGGUAUCUUGGGUCUACUGACAGCAAGCGUCCAUCAUGGACUUCGGCUCUCUCCAGAACUUCUGAGCUCUUGCCAUCAUAAGUUUUCUCAACUUAAUAUAUGUGUUACUUGAGUUGCUCAUGAUCGGAAUCAGUUCGCGUUAGAGGAGGGUCCUUAUUUUUGGAAUUCAAAUUCGAAUGUAUAUAGGCUUUAGGUGGGAAUGACUGGAUGAUUGGCGUGUAAGGCAGAUUGAACGACGUUUGUGGUUUAUAGAUCGGAAGAAACAAAUUUCUCGAGGUGGUUCAACCAGAAGACGCUUCAAAGGAAGAAAAACGGUUCUAGUUUUGUUUGAAAAUUUUUUUAGAAUUCUAAAUCAGGCAGAGGAACUUCUAUUCCAUUUCAGAUAUUAUUUUCGAACCCUUCACAGCAAUAUUUUUCUGUCUUUUUCAGUGAGCACUUUGAUGAAUUCGAUAGAUGGGUGUACAAAAAUUCUUAUUCGGUUUCGGAAGAUUUCAAUAGGAAAACCUUCAUCUUGAAUUGUUAUUUUCUAGAACAAAGCCUCGUAGGGGAUAUCUUGAGGCCAAAGACCUGAAUCAUAGAUUGAAUGAACCAAGAAUCGUGUACAUACUUUUCAAAACACUGCCAUAAACUCUUCUAGUUGAACUGUCCCCAACUGAAUCGCUACAGUCUGCUAAUCCUGGAAGGUCUAUCAGAACCAAACGCAAUACGGAAAGUAACACGAUAUACUAAGGCCAGAAAACUUCAUCGAAAACUAAGAUUAAUUAACCAAUUGAUUGAUGUAAUCUAGUCCAAAUACGGAGCGAUUCAAAAAUCGGAAAAAUUACGAGAUGUUACCAGAAAAGAAAAAAAUUGUAAAUAAGUAUUUUUCCGCUUGGAAUUUGAACUUGAAUACAUUCUGUUGAUAAUUAUCAGAUAUGAUUAAUUACCACAUGUGAUUCUGAUUUUCCAUUAGAUCGUUGAUGAGUUUCAACUGAUUUUCUAGGCAUUGAUAUUAUAAUUGAUACCUCUAA